AUUGAAGGGGUGUUAUCACUGUGUGUGCAGGUUUAAAACCCUGCUCAGGCUUAAGGCGAGUCACUGCCGCGGGAAAACCUGUCGAGAUGAGGGCGUCUGUGGCUGUUGUCCUGACCGUGCUGCAGCUCUGCGGUCCGGCGGUGCUGUCCAACCCGCUGCUCUUCGUCUCCGAGGUGCAGGGCGGACAGGAGGAGCCCAGCAAGCUGUGGCUGAACUCCACGCUGGAAGAAGUCGUCCCUUCUCUGGAACACGUCGGCCCCCCUACCAUCAGAGAUCCCCCCGAAGCUGGGGAGCGGUCGGACUCCUUCCCCAUGUUUGGUGAACACGUCAACCUCAAGUGGGUCACAUGGAAUGGCUCUCUCCCCAACGGCGCGGUGGCGAUCUUUAACGGCUACACCGAACGUACCGACUACGUGUGCAAAGUCAACUGCGAGGCCGGCUUCUACACCGCCAGCAAGGGCGCUCGGUGCCAGUACCCGUACGCCGACAAGGAAUACGCCUCCUCAAAGUUUGAAGUGCUGGUCAACGUGGACCACUUUGAGUUCCUGGAGUGGGUUGAAGACUCCUACGGAUCCGCUCCUCAGUACUCAGUGAAAACCUGCCUGGACCGGGACAUCUACGUGGGGAAAAACAAGUACGGCCUUGGAAAAGUGGUGACUCAGCACGAAGCCUUUUUCCUGCCCUGGGAAGGCGACGAGUACUGGUAUAAGAGUUACCAGGUCCUGGCCAUCAACAGGGACAGCUACAGUCAACACAUCUCUCACGUGGAGUACGGCAUUGACCAGAUGGAGCUGUUCCAGCAACCCCCCGAGGCUCUGAAGAUCACCAAGGUCACCAACCUGGAGUGCAGGGACGUGGCCAAAACAGUGACGCUGAAGAAGACCAGCACCGUGGAGAAGUUCUGGGACAUCGGCAGAGAGACCCGUAACGGUUCCAUCUCGACCAUGAAGGCCAAGGUGCCCAUCAUCAGUCCAGCAACGGUGGACCUCACCAAGGAGCAGACGGUGACCUUCUCCGAGGGCACGACCACCGUGGAGUCCAUCAGCCACUCCGUCGCCGUGGAGCUCCAGGUCCCGCCCAACCACUCCUGCGCCGUGAGGAUGGACGGACGGAAGAUGACGGCCGACAUCCCCUUCACCGGCAGACUGAGCAGGACCAACCACAGAGGAGAAACCCACUGGACCUACAUCACCGGCACCUACAACGACCUGAGCGUGGGCGAGGUCAACGCGGUGGUGGAGCGGUGUCAGCCCGUGCCGGAUGCCGUUCCCUGCAAAUGAUCACAGGACUCGACGACUCCAGUUGUUGAGUUUGAGUUUGACCGAACCGGCAACAGCUCGUCAUGUUCAU